AUGACGGCACAUCGACGACCGGCCGCCAGCUUGCGCCUGGCGUUGCUCUGCCUGGUGUCCCUGCUCGCCCUCUUCUUCUUCUUCUUCUGCGCUUCCGGCCCCGCCAGCCUCAACUCCGCCACGCCAUCGGCCCCACGACCGCCCUCGCUGCUCCUCCCCCCUGCGGGUACGCAGCCUCCCGGCCGCUCCGAUCUUGCCGAGUUCUGGGACGAGGCGGAGGCCCAGACCCAGGCCCCGCGGGCCAACCACCACCAACGCGACCUCCUCCCCCGCUACUCCCCGCAUAGGCCCUAUGCGGCGCGGGCUAGUGUGCCGCUCACGACCAUCGCCGCCGAAACUAUCACGCCUCUGGAGUCCCCCUCCGCUUCGCCGAUCACGACCACCACCACGGCGCCCUCGAACUCCCCUUCGCCCACGGCGUUCAUUUCCGCGCCGGCCUCGCCAACCCCAGUCAACUCGACGUCGCCCACGCCGAUCUCGAGCGCAACCACCACCGCCGCCCCGACCCUGCCGGGCUCGCCUACUGUCGUGCCCUCGACCAGUGCCACUGCCUCUCCCCUGCCCUCGUCCACCGCCACUCCGAUCCCCUCGCCCACGCCGGCUCAGUCGCCCUGGUCCAGCUCUUCGCCAGGCCUGUCGCUCUUGCCCACCCCGUCGGUCACAUUCCUGCCGACCACGCCCUCGGUCCCGCCGACGCCCUCCGCCAUGCCCUCCACGUCGCCGACGCCCUCCGUUACGCUCUCCGCGUCGCCGACGCCCUCCGUUUCGCCCUCGACGUCGCCAGUGCCGCGGACGCAGCUGGAGGUCAACAACCAGACCGGCGCCGCCGAGCUGCAGCUCUUCGCCCCGGGCGCCGCGGCGCCGGCGACGGCGGUGACCAACGCCUUCGGCGACCUGGUGCUCCGGGCGCCCAAUGGGUCGGCCGUCGGCUCGCUCGCCUUCCCCGGCGGCGGCUUCACCCAGCAGAACGCGUUCGCCACCGCCGACGGUCGCGAGGUGACCCAGCUCCGGGCCGGCCUGGGCAGCGGCGCGGCCCAGCUCGGGCUCGAGUACGUCUACUUUGUCAACGGGUCGGGCCAGACGUCGUUCGCCGGCGUCACGCUGACCAACGCCAAGGGCACCGUCAAGUACAGCGUUAACAUCACCGGCGGCUGGCCCUUUGCCGCCCCCGCGACGGCCGUCGGCGGGUUCGGGCUGCCCUUCACGCUCGACAUCGACGCGCCCAUCACAGAUGUGACCGAGCGGCUCGACACGCCCGCGGCGCGGGUCAACACGUACGUGUUCUACGCCGCCUCGCUGGGCGUGCGCUACGAGCUGCAGCUGCUCGGCAUCGCAAUCGUCGACGGCGCCGACGACCAGCCGGCGCAGGUCGACAUCAGCGUCACCUACGCGGCGACGUCCGCGACGACCACGCGCGUGUCAGUGAUGCUCGGAUUCCCGACAUUCCAGUCGAGCCUCGUGUACGACCCGAGCCUGGGCGUGCUCUUCGGCCGAUCGCCGGACGAUGGCGGCAGCGGCGGCUCGUCGGGCGGCAUCGACGGCGGACUCAUCGGCGGGCUGGUGGGCGGACUGCUGGGCGCCGCGGUGCUCGUCGUGAUCGUCGUGAUUGUGGUGGCGCUCGUGGUAACGCGCUACCGGCGCCGCGACAGGGUCAAUCGGGAGAGCGCUGUCGCGUUUGGUGGGGAGGAGGACGUCGAGAUGGAGACCAAGAAGAAGAGCAAGAAGAAGGCCAGCGAGAAGACCUGGUGGGACGACGACAACUCCUAA